UACCGCAGAAAGUUGCAGAGAAGCAUCACUGCUGGAGCACGGUUGCAGAUCAACAUCACUGUUGCCUCGGUUUAACAGGGCAGGGCGACACUUUUGAACCCCUUGUCAAAAGGCUACACUUUCCAAAGAGCAGGUGUCUACAAGUCGGCUAUACAUCUUCCACAUCAAGAUGUUGGCGUGCACAGAGAUGAUCACUAUGUGCCUUCAGUCGGCGAAAAAUAAGCAUCUUCGCGCUCAGCAGGAACAACCGCAGCUACUGCAUAGCCCUGUUAAUGGACUUCCAAUUUUCAAAGAUAUUUUCUGCCGCGCUGACAAAAACGAUGAUGGAAAACUGUCGUUUGAUGAGUUCAAUGCUUACUUCGCAGACGGGAUUCUCACCACUGAGGAGUUGCAGGAGCUCUUCUACUCCAUAGACGGGCGGCAGAAUAACAACCUAGAUACCGACAAACUAUCAGAUUACUUUGCUCAACACUUGGGGGGAUACGUGAAUGUCCUCUCUGCUCUGGAGAUCCUAAAUGUUGCCGUCUUGAAGGCUAUGGACAAAACUAAAAAGGAGUACCAGGACUCCUCUGUGCUGGGACAGUUUGUGACCCGCUUCAUGCUGAGGGAGACCUCCAGCCAGCUGCUCUCUCUCCAAAUGUCCCUGCAGUGUGCCAUGGAGGCCGUGGAAGAGCAGAGCAGGCCCGCACCCGGUAGUGUUCUACGUGCUGCUGUGCCCUUUGAGGCUUCUACCUUGCCCAGCAGGAGAGCUGUCCCAGUCAUACACUCCCUCGGCCCUGGCGAUAGGAGAGCGGUGAAGGAGGCGGAGCACCCCUGGGCUCAGAGAAACAGCAGACGACGUGGCCGCAAGUUUCAGAAGAACAUGUGCCUCUCCCCUAUCCACCCCUACUCAGGCAUCCUCACUACAGGAGUGACCAUGGAGAUUGAUGACCACUGGUGCUCCCAGGUCAACAGGCUCCAACAGCUAUUGGACAAGCUGGAGUGGCAGGGUCCAAAGUUGGAACCCCUGAAAGAAGAUACGCUGGCCAGUACAUACAAAUCUAACAUCCUGCUGGUGCAGACGCAGAUGUCGGCAACGGAGGACCUCGAGGAGUUCCAGAAGUUGCUCAAGAGCUAUGUGGACGCCACGUCCAACCACAGCGACAACUUGCAUGUGUCUAUCCAGAAGCUCCCAGGAAAGUCGUGCUACAUAAUGUAUGAGUUUUGGCAGGAUCGCAUCUCCUGGAUUAGCUACCUGCAGUCCAAUGCCAGUAAGAAAUUCCAGCGUUGUGUCAUUGAUACAUUGGAGGAUUCCGAGCGUGUGUCUACCAUGCUGCUCCCAGACCCAAAACAUACACAAUGAAGUGUCCUGAGGCAAGUACAUCGUUUCACGCUGGUCUUUGAGCGAUUAGUGGCUUAAGUAUGUGGUUAGUGGCUUAAGUUUACAUACACUUAGGUUGGAGUCAUUAAAACUCGUUUUUCAACCACUCCAUAAAUUUCUUGUUAACAAACUAUAGUUUUGGCAAGUCGGUUAGGACAUCUACUUUGUGCAUGACACAAGUAAUUUUUUCAACAAUUGUUUACAGACAGAUUAUUUCACCUAUAAUUCACUGUAUCACAAUUCCAGUGGGUCAGAAGUUUACAUACACUAAGUUGACUGUGCCUUUAAACAGCUUGGAAAAUUCCAGAAAAUGAUGUCAUGGCUUUAUAAGCUUCUGAUAGGCUAAUUGACAUCAUUGAGUCAAUUGGAGGUGUACCUGUGGAUGUAUUUCAAGGCCUACCUUCAAACUCAGUGCCUCUUUCUUGACAUCAUGGGAAAAUCAAAAGAAAUCAGUCUGGUUCAUCCUUGGGAGCAAUUUCCAAACGCCUGAAGGUACCACGUUCAUCUGUACAAACGAUAGUACGCAAGUAUAAACACCAUGGGACCACGCAGCCGUCAUACCGCUCAGGAAGGAGACGCGUUGUCUCCAAGAGAUGAACGUACUUUGGUGCGAAAAGUGCAAAUCAAUCACAGAACAACAGCAAAGGACCUUGUGAAGAUGCUGGAGGAAACCGGUACAAAAGUAUCUGUAUCCACAGUAAAACGAGUCCUAUAUCUACAUAACCUGAAAGGUCGCUCAGCAAGGAAGAAGCCACUGCUCCAAAACCUGCAUAAAAAAGCCAUACUACGGUUUGCAACUGCACAUGGGGACAAAGAUCGUACUUUUUGGAGAAAUGCCCUCUGGUCUGAUGAAACAAAAAUAGAACUGUUUGUCCAUAAUGACCAUCGUUAUGUAUGGAUGAAAAAGGGGGAGGCUUGCAAGCCGAAGAACACCAUCCCAACCGUGAAGCACGGGAGUUGCAACAUCAUGUUGUGGGGUGCUUUGCUGCAGGAGGGACUGGUGCACUUCACAAAAUAUAUGGAAUCAUGAGGGAGGAAAAUUGUGGAUAUAUUGAAGCAGCAUUUCAAGACAUCAGUCAGGAAGUGAAAGCUUGGUUGCAAAUGGGUCUCCCAAAUGGACAAUGACCCCAAGCAUACCUCCAAAGUUGUGGCAAAAUGGCUUAAGGACAACAAAGUCAAGGUAUUGGAGUGGCCAUCACAAAGCCUUGACCUCAAUCCUAUAGAAAAUUUGUGGGCAGAACUGAAAAGGUGUGUGCGAGCAAGGAGGCCUACACACCUGACUCAGUUACACCAGCUCUGUCAGGAGGAUUGGGCCAAAAUUCAUCCAACUUAUUGUGGGAAGCUUGUGGAAGGCUACCCGAAACGUUUGACCCAAGUUAAACAAUUUAAAGGCAAUGCUACCAAAUGCUAAUUGAGUGUAUGUAAACUUCUGACCCACUGGGAAUAUGAUGAAAGAAAUAAAAGCUGAAAUAAAUAAUUCUCUAUUAUUAUUCUGACAUUUCACAUUCUUACAAUAAAGUGGUGAUCCUAACUGACCUAAGACAGGGAAUUUUUUGGCGCAUCUCGCUCUAGCGACUCCUUGUGGCGGACCAGGCACCUGCAGGCUGACUUCGGUUAUCAGUUGAACGGUGUUUUCUCCGACACAUUGGUGCAGCUGGCUUCCGGGUUAAGCGGGCGGGUGUUAAGAAGUGCAGUUGGGCGAGUCAUGUUUCAGAGGACGCAUGACUCAACCUUCUAUCCCGAGCCCGUUGGGGAGUUGCAGCGAUGAGACAAGAUCGAAAUUGGGGAGAAAAAGGGGGUAAAAUACAAUACAAAUUGUUUCAGUCAAAUAUUGUAUCUGUUUGGGCUUCUUGUGGUCUACAAAUCAUUUGCAAUUGUUCCAACCCCCCCGACCAUCACCUCAAGAAAUGACAUCCCGCUGCUGAAUCUAGUUGAUCAUCCCUGCCCUAUGGAAACAGACCAGAAAGCAGACCUGGGUUCCACUAUUUUCUAUUUUUAUUUAACCUUUAUUUAACUAGGCAAGUCAGUUAAGAACAAAUUCUUAUUUACAAUGACUUUCACAAUUAUUAUUUUGGUUCCAAUGUGCCAGGCAAGCUCAAUCAAGCUCAGCAUGUAUUUGAGCCCAGGUCUCCUAGAAAUGAAUUGUUAUUUACCCAUUUUUCCCCAACUCAAAUGAAACUCCUCUCUUUUUUC